CUCCCUUCCAUUCGGCGAAAACACCGACAGCGAAUCGAAUCCAUCAACGAGACGGCCAGGAUUUUCCGAUCCAUCCGUCAGCCCGUCUCUGGCUCCCGAGGCUCCUCCCAGCCACCAAUCCGGAUGGCGAUGUGUCCGAAGCGCGACCUCAACCACCGCCGCCCCACUCCCUCCUCGAACUACUCGUACAUCCAAGCCUCCGAGUUAUAAUCCUCUUCUCCUCCCGAAUCAUGCUCAGAUCCCUCCACCUUCUUCUCGGAUUUGGGGUCGUCGCUCCGUUCCUCCUCCAAGGCAAGCCUCGUAGCCUCGCCGCCUUCCCCUCGACCGCGGCCCUCUCCAAUCCUCGAGGACUCUCCUCCACUCUCCCCAUCGCUCGCUCUCGCUACGGUGCCUGUUUCAGGGCCUUUCGGAUGUCUUCCGGUUCUUCCGGUGAUUCGGAGACGAGCCCCGCCGCUGAUGUGGGCUCCGGGCAGGCGGUGGCGCUGCCCGUGGUACAUAAGCCCAAAGUCCGCUUCUGUCAGGCUUGUGGGAGCCCAACUAAGCAAGUUAUACCGGAUGGGGAAGAAAAGAUCAGAGCAGUUUGCACGGUCUGUGGGAGAAUCCACUAUGAAAACCCAAAAAUGGUUGUUGGUUGCUUAGUGGAGCAUGAUGACAAGGUUUUGCUAUGCAAACGCAAAAUUGAGCCGUCGUAUGGUCUAUGGACUCUUCCUGCUGGUUAUUUGGAAAUUGGGGAGUCAGCUGCAGACGGAGCAUGCAGGGAAACCUUGGAAGAAGCAUGUGCUGAAGUGGAAAUACUUUCACCAUUUGCUCAGUUAGAUAUUCCUCGCAUUGGCCAAAGUUACGUCAUAUUCCGAGCAAGACUAAGGCUACCCCAUUUUUCACCAGGCCCUGAGUCACUAGAAUGUGCACUUUUUGCAUUGGAUGACAUACCAUUUGAUUCCCUAGCAUUUUCAUCAAUCAUUGUCACCUUAAAAAUGUACAUUCAAGAUAAAAAAGCUGGAAAACUCAAGUUUCAUUAUUGCACCAUAAAUAAAAGACCAGGAGCGAGCCCAUCUGACCCCCUUGGUUUUGAUGUGGACCACCAUUUGCAUUCAUGAACAUGGUGUAUUCCUUUUGAAUCAUAGUCAGUUAUUGGGAUAAUGACGAAAGAUUGGUGCUGAUGAUUUGCUCAGCGGAAAAUAUCAUAAUUGCUUCUCAAUCAAGAUUGAGAUAGCUGGGCUGAAGCUUCUGUCAUCAUGGCCAUCUGAAUAUUGCCAGGUACUUGGUACCGAAUGGAAGCACAUGUUUUCUUUUGGAUGAGGUCUUCUGAAAUGUUUUUCUCGUGUGUAGUGAGGGAUGGUACUCUCUUUUUAACCUGUUCAAAACAUUUUAACUUACAUCAUUAUUUUCAUUUUGUGAAUCUUUGGUGUUAAAUAUGAAGAUGUUAAGCUAAGUCCUUGUGGGAGA